CGGCCCCAGUCGGCCUGUCAGCCGGCUUGGAGAGACGGCUGGGUCUCGCGCGGCGACGGCGGCCAUGGCGGCGGCGGAGGAGAAGGUGGACCCUGCGGACGCUAGCGAGAGGUCAGGAUGGCUAACUGGUUGGCUUCCCACAUGGUGCCCUACAUCCACAUCACACCUUAAAGAAGCUGAAGAGAAAAUUUUAAAAUGUGUCCCCGGCACAUACAAAAAAGAACCUGUUCGUAUAUCUAAUGGAAAUAAAAUAUGGACACUGAAGUUCUCUCAUAAUAUUUCAAAUAAGACUCCACUUGUCCUCCUCCAUGGUUUUGGAGGAGGUCUUGGACUUUGGGCACUGAAUUUUGGAGAUCUUUGCACUAAUAGACCUGUCUAUGCUUUUGACCUGUUGGGCUUUGGACGAAGUAGUAGACCCAGAUUUGACAGUGAUGCAGAAGAAGUAGAGAAUCAGUUUGUGGAAUCCAUUGAAGAGUGGAGAUGUGCCCUAGGACUGAACAAAGUGAUAUUGCUUGGACACAACCUGGGUGGGUUUUUGGCUGCUGCUUACUCACUGAAGUACCCAUCAAGGGUUAGUCAUCUAAUUUUAGUGGAACCUUGGGGUUUUCCUGAGCGACCAGACCUUGCUGAUCAAGACAGACCAAUUCCAGUUUGGAUCAGAGCCUUGGGAGCAGCGUUGACUCCCUUUAACCCUUUGGCUGGCCUCAGGAUUGCAGGACCCUUUGGUUUAAGUCUGGUGCAACGUUUAAGGCCUGAUUUCAAAAGGAAGUAUGCUUCAAUGUUUGAAGAUGAUACUGUGACAGAAUAUAUCUAUCACUGUAAUGUGCAAACUCCAAGUGGUGAGACAGCAUUCAAAAAUAUGACUAUUCCAUACGGAUGGGCAAAACGGCCAAUGCUCCAGCGAAUUGGUAAAAUGCACCCUGACAUUCCAGUUUCAGUGAUCUAUGGUGCCCGGUCCUGCAUCGAUGGUAAUUCUGGCACUAGCAUCCAGUCGUUAAGACCACAUUCAUACGUGAAGACAAUAGCUAUUCUUGGGGCAGGGCAUUAUGUGUAUGCAGAUCAACCAGAAGACUUCAACCAGAAAGUAAAGGAGAUCUGUGACACUGUAGACUGAGCACAUUGAGGGUGACCUGAGAAACCUGCUGAAUGGCACAAUUCCUCAGCAAUAAGUCCUAACUACGAUGAAGAGUAAGGAAUACAACAAAAGAACCAUGCAGUCUUCCUGACUGUACUUUCACAUGUUUUCUUUAGGAAGUCGCUUGCACAUUUAAACCAGUUAGUGCCUUCUAGAAGAAUGACUUUCCUUUCUCCUACACAAAAUUGAAAUAUACAAGAGUCUCCAGAUCUACUAGCUUUAAUAAAAGGUUAUUUGUCCCUCUG